AAUCAUCGUCCCUCCACCGGCUGACGAAGGACAAAAAAGGAAAACGAAAAAAAGCUUGCAAAGCCCUCAACCUGGCCGCGGCAAUAAUCGCAUCCCCGGUUUUUCUGUUUCAUCUGCAGAAGCAAAAUCUCUCUCCCUCUCUCUCUUCAAGCCAUUGUUCGGACUUCGGACCUCUAUCUCAUCCAAUCCGCUUUUCAGGAGAGGCAUGGCUGUUGUUGGUGUGAGGCCAUUUGAAAGUUUUCCUGAUUUUGGCGCGAUCUUCAUGUGCAACAAAACAACAAAGAAUGAAUGUUUUGGUAGUGGGAUUUUUGGACUUCCCCAUCCUUUUGCUAAUUUUGUGAAGGAGGUCAAAGCUGGAAUGCUUUUGUUUCUGUUUGAAUAUGAGGCGCGAAAACUAUAUGGAAUUUUUGAGGCUACUUCUGAUGGUGGAAUGAAUAUUAUACCUAAAGCAUAUCGUUCAUCUGGGAAGUCCUUUCCUGCACAGGUUCGCUUUCGCGUUGUUUGGAAAUGCUGUCCCAUUCCUGAGGACUCCUUUCGUGGUGCUAUUAGUGACAAUUACUAUGAACCUUCCAAGUUUAGCUUUGGUUUGUCCAAGGAACAGGUUGAAAGACUUGUAUGGCUGUUUCACUCUAGAAGGGUCAGAGUUGAAAAAUCUCCAAAUGUCAAGAAUGUGAAAAAGGACUCCACUAAAUCAUCUGAUAAUAUGGAUGUUGGUUGUGCAGCUCAAAUCAAUCGGAAUUCUUCAUCAGGAAUUCCAAACAUUGAGUUCCACACAGUAGUGAACUGUAAAACUACUUCAACGGACUCAUUGCAACUGGGCGAUUACAUACCCCUAUCUGAUUCAGAACAUAGUGACCCUGAAAACUAUGAUUCUACAAAAAUUACAAAGUCAAGUGAUGGAGAUGAUCACAGUGACCCUGAACAU